AUGGCGGCGGGCGCGGCGGGAUCGCGCGCGCUCCUGGCGCUACUUGUCGUGGGCGCGAUGGCCGCGGGCGCCGCGGGGACAACUGGCUUUAUAAAGUCACCGCUGUCUCAAAAGAGACUGACUCAGGACAGCGUGGAGUUGUACUGCGAGGCGAUUGGCAAUCCCAUCCCCGAGAUCCAGUGGUGGUUUGAGGGGAACGAUCCCAAUGAGACCUAUGCUCAGCUCUGGGAUGGCGCACGGCAGGACCGUGUCAAAAUCAACGCCACCUACAACCUGCACUCUACCAGUACCAUCUACAUCGCAAACCUCACGAGUGACGACUCAGGCAUGUAUGAGUGCCGGGCUAGCAACGAUCCCGACCGCAACCACUUGUCGAAGAGCCCCAAAGUCAAGUGGAUCCGUUCCCAGGCGAACGUUUUUGUCAUCGAACGUCCGGACAUCAAGGCUCAUGUCGCUGAGGAUUCUGGCAAGCUGGUCCUCACCUGUAACAUGUCUGGGCCAUACUCCACCAUCAAGGGCCACGAGUGGGUGCAUGGGGACAAGGUCCUGCAAGAGGACGAGACCGACAGUGCUUUCACCAGCUACACAAUCGAGGGGAAGAUGGAGGAGCACUCUGGCAUGUAUGAGUGUGUCUACAAAACCAGCCCGGAGAUAAGAGGACAAGUGAAUAUUUCAGUUGCCCCCCAGGUGACGGCAUACAAGAAGUCUGAGCAUGGCAACGAGGGGGACACAGGUGUGCUGACCUGCAAGAAUCCCUCUUUCCCCCCUGUCACCACUUGGUCCUGGUCCAAAAAUGGUGAAAGUGACCUACAGAAUGCCUCUGGGAGAUACAUCAUCAAGUCCAGUGGCAACAAGACAGAGCUGCGCAUUCUGAAGCUGAACAUCGAGGAGGACACGGGCGACUAUCGCUGCAAUGCCGUCAAUUCCUACGGCUCCGGGGACGCCACGGUGAACCUGCGCGUCCGCAGCCGCCUGGCAGCGCUCUGGCCUUUCCUGGGCAUCGUGGCAGAAGUCCUUGUUCUUGUCACCAUCAUCUUCAUCUAUGAGAAGAGGAGGAAGCCAGAUGAGGUUCUUGAUGAUGAUGAUGGAGGCUCUGCACCACUGAAGAGCAAUGCCACAAACCACAAGGACAAGAAUGUCCGCCAGAGAAAUGCAAACUAGGAGUGGGGCCAGGUGACAUGUAGAUGAAGAACUCGUCUGGACAAUUUUGGUUUCUUCUAUUUUUUUGGUAAAAUAGCACCACGGAAUAUUCUAGUGCAUCCUUGAGAUUCAGUUACUUCACUUUCUAAAGAAACUUAAGUUGUAGAAUCUAAAAUACACUUCUUUUUUUUUAAAGAGCCAUGGGAGGGUUUUUCUACCUGUAAAUGUAAAUCCCCUGUUCCCGAUAGUCUAGGUCCCUGGCUGUCUCUGUCCUGGGUUUCUUUGUGUUGGUACAGAGUGGGGGGGUGGGAGCCACCUUGUCCCACCUGCAUGUGGGGGUGAGGGAGGAGCUGCUUUGGUGGCUGUCAGGAGGUGACACGAUCUGACCAGAGGAUUCAGGAGGGGAGUUCUGUGUUUUUCCCAGUGCAUCACCUGGAGCAAGGCUGCACCUGUCCCUGGCAAAGGGCAUGUUCCUGGCCAGGCAGAUUCCCAGUUAGCCCCUCCUGAGCUGUUCUUGGUUCCUCUGAAACAGGCAGCCAGGAGCAGUUAGAGCUGGACACUGGAUAAAUGAUUGCUGUAACUUAUUCCAUGGGUGGUUCAUGUCUCUGCCGUGGGGAUGGGGCAGGGUGAGCUGGGGCUGGGGGUGGUUUGAGUUUUAACUGUGUGCUUGUGCUUGAGCCAUCGCAGUGUGUGCGUGACAUGGGGGCUUAUGAGCAGAUGAGUGCUCGGGGGAGUCUAACACCUUUACUGCUGGGUAGCAUCGAACUGUUCCAUCUGUUAACACUUCACAAAUAAAAAUGAUUCCUCUCUCUUUUUUCCA